AAAAGAACGUGCCCUCUCUGCUGCUACAGAGGAAGUCUUCGUCGAGUUCAUCAAGGUGGGCAUUUCCCGGCACAUAGUCAGACUUGACGCUUUUCUCAUUCUACUUCAGGUUCUCGGUCACCGUGGAAUACCGUUAACAGUAGACACGAUUACUGCCUAUGCGUGUCGCAUGGUUGGGAAGGAACUCGGGAAGACAUGGGGGCGGCGGUUCAUGGAACGUCAUCGAGAUCUCAAGGUGAGCAUUCAGCUCUACACGGUCAUCAUAUCCUCAACUUGAAUCCAGAUCAAGGCAUCCUCAAUGCUUGAGGAGUGUCGGGCUAUGUCUCUCAACCCAACAGUCGUUCGUCAAUUCUUUGUGAUGCUCGAGUCCGUCAUCAAAGAGUACGAGAUCCAGCCGAAGAACAUGUACAACAUGGACGAGAAAGGUAUACAACUUGGAAUGGCUGGACGCAUCACGGUUGUUGUCGAUCGCGAUCAGCGAGGCGUUCAGACAAUUGCUAACGGCAAUCGAGAACUUGUGACAAUUCUCGAGUGUCUAUGCGCUGACGGAGAUGCCUUGGCUCCCUCAUUUGUCUUCCAGGGUCAACGUCGAGACAA